UCCGGGGAGAGUGGAUAUAGUGAAUGCAGGGUCUGGGGAGAGCAGAUAUAGUGAAUGCAGGGUCCAAAGAGAGCGGAUAUAGAGAAUGCAUGGUCCGGGGAGAGCGGAUAUAGUGAAUGCAGGGUCCUGGGAGACCGGAUAUAGUGAAUGCAGGGGUCCGGGGAGACGGAUAUAGUGAAUGCAGGGUCCGGGGAGACGGAUAUAGUGAAUGCGGGGUCCGGGGGAGAGCAGAUAUAGUGGAUGCAGGGUCCGGGAGACCAGAUAUAGUGAAUGCAGGGUCCGGGGGAGACCAGAUAUAGUGAAUGCGGGGUCCGGGGAGACGGAUAUAGUGAAUGCAGGGUCCGGGAGAGCAGAUAUAGUGGAUGCAGGGUCCGGGAGACCAGAUAUAGUGAAUGCAGGGUCCGGGGAGACCAGAUAUAGUGAAUGCAGGGUCCGGGGAGACCAGAUAUUAGUGAAUGCGGGGUCCGGGGAAGACCAGAUAUAGUGAAUGCAGGGUCCUGGG